AUGAAGCAACUAGCUCCAAUAUUCUCUGCGAUAAUCUUGCUUCUCCUGGUUCAUGGAGAUGAGGGAUCUUCAUCAACAGCGGUUGGAGAUCCCGGGAUGAAGAGAGAUGGUCUCAGAGUGGCGUUUGAAGCUUGGAACUUUUGCAAUGAGGUUGGCUUCGAAGCUCCUCAUAUGGGUAGUCCUCGUGCUGCCGAUUGCUUCGAUAUCUCCUCUAAACGUAACAAAUCAAUCAGAAAAUACCAAUCAAACAUCACAAGUGGUUAUUCCUUGGUGCACAAGGUAUCUGAUUCCGAUAACAAGCUAGGGAUCGGACAGCGUAAAUCAGGAGUCAUAUCAGAAGCAGCACUACAAAACCCUGACCUCUACGCGGUCGAGAAAGAAGUCUAUCUAGGCUCUCUCUGUCAAGUCUCAGACAAACCAAACCCAUGGAGUUUCUGGAUGGUAAUGCUCAAAAACGGAAACUACGACACAAAUUCCGGUCUUUGUCCUGAAAACGGCCGAAAGAUCCCACCUUUCAAUCAACCCGGGAAAUUCCCCUGUUUCGGCACUGGUUGCAUGAACCAACCGGUGCUAAACCACGGUAAGACCGAGCUCCUCGGAGACGGCCACACCAUGAGGGGAUGGUUCAAUGGUACGUACGAGCUUGAAGCAGAUUUGGGAAAUGGGUUUGAUGGGAUAAGCUAUUACGAGGUUGUGUGGGAGAAGAGAAUUGGUGUUGGUGGUUGGGUGUUUAAACAUAAGCUUAAGACUUCCCCAAAGUAUCCAUGGCUCAUGCUUUACCUUAGAGCUGAUGCAACUAAAGGCUUCUCUGGUGGUUACCAUUAUGACUCCAGAGGAAUGCUUAAAACACUUCCGGAGUCACCGAACUUCAAAGUGAGACUAACUCUAGACAUCAAACAAGGAGGAGGACCAAAGAGCCAGUUCUAUCUUCUUGAUAUAGGAAGUUGUUGGAAAAACAACGGGAAGCCCUGCGACGGAGACGUGACCACCGACGUAACUCGUUACUCGGAGAUGAUCAUAAACCCAGAAACCGCACGUUGGUGCAACCCCAAGGCUCUUCGCAACUGUCCAUCGUACCAUACGUUUCGAAACGGCACGAGAGUGCACCGUACCGAUGAUCGGAGUUUUCCUUACGAGGCUUACCAUGUGUACUGUGCGCCGGGAAACGGCGAGCAUCUGGAGCUUCCGGUGGGGCCUUGUGAUCCUUUCAGUAACCCACAAGGUCAGGAGAUUCUUCAGCUUUUGCCUCACCCGGUUUGGGGAGAAUAUGGGUAUCCGACCCGGAUGGGUGAUGGUUGGGUGGGUGAUCCGAGAACUUGGGAGCUUGACGUUGGUGGUUUGUCUAGCCGGCUUUACUUCUACCAGGAUCCUGGUACGACUCCAGCGAGGAGGAUCUGGACAUCGGUGGAUGUUGGUACGGAGAUUUACAAAGACGAUGAAGCAAUUGCAGAAUGGCAUCUUUCUGAUUUCGAUGUUCUUCUUACUUGA